AUGGGUGUAUGUGAUGCAUCGAAAAAAUCGUGUAAUUAUAUUUUAGAACACGGUCAUGGCAAUAGUCUGAUGUUAGUACUCGGUGGUGCCAAAGAAGCGUUAGAUGCUCGACCAUCACAUCAAUAUAUAUUGACACUUAAAAAUCGAAAAGGCUUCGUUAAAAUCGGUCUAGUUAAUGGCGCUGGACGUGGCGUAUUUCAAUAUGCAAUCGGUUUUCUACCCAAUCGACAUCGUAUCUAUACAUAUGUCGGUGAACCGAUUCAAUUACCGAAAUUAGAACGUAAUCAAAUAACGCCCGAUAUUGUCGACCAAUAUCAUAAACAAUAUAUGAAUGCUCUAACACGUCUAUUCGAUCGAUACAAAUCUGAACAUGAUCAAUCGGAUGCAACGAUUAUUUAUGCCAAUGAUGAUGUAUCAUCAUUAUAA